AUGUCUACCUCUUUGGUGAUCUCUGGUGUCAACGGGCGCCAAAUCAAGGUACCAACUGGACUUUUCAUCAACAAUGAGUUUGUCCCCGCUGCUGGGGAUGCAACUGUAGAGAUUGAGAAUCCAUACAAUGGGCAGAAGCUGGGCUCUAUCUCUGCGGCACAGGUGGCCGAUGUCGACAGAGCUGUCUCGGCUGCGAACAAGGCAUUCCACACGACGUGGUCGACGGCCGCACCUGAGCUGCGACGCAACUUGCUACACCGUCUUGGAGAUCUGAUAGAGCGCGAGACAGAAUCGCUCGCUUCUCUGGAAGCAGUCGACGCGGGGAUUCUGUACAGAGACUCAAGCCAAAAGUUCGUGCCCCAGGCUGCCGAGACAUGCCGAUACUACGCGGGAUGGGCGGAUAAGGUGGACGGGACAUCGCUGUCCAUCUCGGAGGGCAUGGCAUAUACCAAGCGUGCUCCCUAUGGUGUCUGUGCAGCCAUCAUUCCUUGGAACUCUCCACUCAUGAUCACCCUGUGGAAAGUCGCCCCGGCCGUUGCCGCCGGAAACACCAUCAUUGUUAAAACUCCAGAGAUGUCUCCGUUGUACGGUCAGAAGUUAGCCGAGCUAGUGGCAGAGGCAGGCUUCCCUCCUGGUGUUAUCAACAUUCUUUGUGGUCUGGGUACCGUGGCAGGCCAGGCAUUGGCUGAUCAUCCGGAAAUCCGCAAGAUCUCAUUCACUGGCAGUACUGCUGUUGGUCGCCAUAUUCUAGCCUCAUCAGCAAAGACGAAUCUUAAAAAGGUAACACUCGAGCUCGGCGGUAAAGGACCCAGCAUUGUCUUUGCAGACGCCGACUGGGACAAUGCUCUUGCCUGGACCACCGCAGGCAUCACAGCCAACAACGGCCAGAUCUGCGCAGCUGGCAGCCGAAUAUACGUGCAGGACACCAUCUACGACCGUUUCGUGCGCGAGUUCUCCAGGUUAUCCAAGGAUGCGAUCGCAGGAGACCCGCUGUUGGCAGAGACAACCAAGGGCCCCUUGAUCAACAAGACGCAGAAAGAACGUGUCAUGGAAUUCAUCCGCAAGGGCACUGCAGAGAAUACCGCGAAGCUGCUUCACGGGGGUGACGAUUCAAAACUGCCCAGUAGCGGACACUUUGUGCCCAACACCGCCUUUUAUGAUGUCGACCGCAGCGCUACCAUCAUCAACGAGGAGAUCUUUGGGCCCGUGGCCUCGAUCGCCCGCUUCAGCACAGAGCAGGAGGCUGUUGAGCUGGCGAAUUCCACAUCUUACGGUCUUGCCUCGGCAGUUUUCACUGAGGAUGUCAACAAGGCUGUUCGCGUGAGCGAGGCCAUGGAGACUGGGCAGGUGACUGUGAACAUGUGGGGGAACGUCCAUGCGAACACGCCGUUCGGAGGCGUCAAAGAGAGCGGCUUCGGGAGAGAUCUGGGCAAGGAUGCCUUGGAAGACUGGACUUAUGUCAAAUGUAUCAAGUUUAAAAUCUCUAAGCUUUAG